CCUGAACGAUAAUAAACUGGGGGAUUCAGGAGUGAAACUGGUGUCUGCGGCUCUGAGGAACCCGGAGUGUAAAAUACAGAGACUGUGGCUGGGGAAUGUCGGUCUCACAGAUUCUGGUGUCGAGGAUCUCGCCUCCGUUCUCAAUACAAAACCAUCACUGACGGAUCUGGACCUGAGUUUUAAUAAACUGGGAGAUUCAGGAGUGAAACUGGUGUCUGCGGCUCUGAGGAACCCUGAGUGUAAAAUACAGACACUGUGGCUGUACAAAGUCGGUCUCACAGAUUCUGGUGCCGAGGAUCUCGUCUCCGCUCUCAGUACAAAACCAUCACUGACGGGGCUGAACCUGAGUGAAAAUAAACUGGGAGAUUCAGGAGUGAAACUGGUAUCUGCGGCUCUGAGGAACCCGGAGUGUAAAAUACAGAGACUGGAGCUGUACAAUGUCGGUCUCACAGAUUCUCGUGCCGAGGAUCUCGUCUCCGGUCUCAGUACAAACCCAUCACUGACGGGGCUGAACCUAAGUGGUAAUAAACUGGGAGAUUCAGGAGUGAAACUGGUGUCUGCGGCUCUGAGGAACCCGGAGUGUAAAAUACAGAGACUGGGGUUGAACCGUGUCGGUCUCACAGAUUCUGGUGCCGAGGAUCUCGUCUCCGCUCUCAGUACAAAACCAUCACUGACGGAUCUGGACCUGAGAUCAAACUCUCUGACAGACCGAUCUGUCCCCGCUCUCCGCCGCCUCAUACUGACCCUCCCGAGUCUGGAGCGGAUCCGGCUGGGUAUGAAUCGGUUCAGUGAGACCGGGAUGAAGGAACUGAGAUCUCUACAGGGAGUCAGACCCGGACUGAGAGUAGAUCUGUGAACAUCUGAAUGUGGAGAAUCGGUUCAGUGAGACCGGGAUGAAGGAACUGAGAUCUCUACAGGAACCCAGACCCGGACUGAGAGUGGAUCUGUGAACAUCUGAAUGUGGGGAAUCGGUUCAGUGAGACCGGGAUGAAGGAACUGAGAUCUCUACAGGAACCCAGACCCGGACUGAUGGUGGAUCUGUGAUCAUCUGAAUGUGGUGAAUCGGUUCAGUGAGACCGGGAUGAAGGAACUGAGAUCUCUACAGGAACCCAGACCCGGACUGAUGGUGGAUCUGUGAACAUCUGAAUGUGGAGAAUCGGUUCCGUGAGACCGGGAUGAAGGAACUGAGAUCUCUACAGGAACCCAGACCCGGACUGAGAGUGGAUCUGUGAACAUCUGAAUGUGGGGAAUCGGUUCAGUGAGACCGGGAUGAAGGAACUGAGAUCUCUACAGGAACCCAGACCCGGACUGAUGGUGGAUCUGUGAACAUCUGAAUGUGGGGAAUCGGUUCAGUGAGACCGGGAUGAAGGAACUGAGAUCUCUACAGGAACCCAGACCCGGACUGAGAGUGGAUCUGAGAACAUCUGAAUGUGGGGAAUCGGUUCAGUGAGACCGGGAUGAAGGAACUGAGAUCUCUACAGGAACCCAGACCCGGACUGAUGGUGGAUCUGUGAACAUCUGAAUGUGGUGAAUCGGUUCAGUGAGACCGGGAUGAAGGAACUGAGAUCUCUACAGGAACCCAGACCCGGACUGAUGGUGGAUCUGUGAACAUCUGAAUGUGGGGAAUCGGUUCAGUGAGACCGGGAUGAAGGAACUGAGAUCUCUACAGGAACCCAGACCCGGACUGAUGGUGGAUCUGUGGGUUGGGGACAUUUGGCCGACUCCCCGCCCUCCCCUUUAACUCCCGCCCUUACCUUUAACGGCCGCGCGCCGGGACUGAUUCCCAAUGGUUUUAACGGAACCGGCUCGGGCCUCGCGCUGUGUGCGUCGCUCGCAGCGGUCCCGCAGUGACGUGUUUCCGCCUGCUGUCCGGCGAGGCAGCAUCCGCCGGAAGUGCGUGUUGGAGACUCCCCACGUGGCUACCCGGGGAUUUACCCGGACAGGAAGAGCCCGGGGUCCGGGGCUCAGUCUGGGACACCGGUGUCCCGGGGUGGGGGGGGGGGGAUGGUCCCGGGAGAGAAUCCUUUUGCCCCCUUUGCUGAGGACGGAGCAUUCGGCAGCCUGGCCGAUAUAAUGAUGUUAAAUGGACAAAUCCCUCGGCAGUGACCCUGGAUCUGCAGCGAUCCCGGUCACGGCCCCGAAGUGUGAUUUUAUAAUCAGUUUUAUAAUUUUAUAAUCAGUUCCCCGAUGCAGAGUGACGGUGAGAAACGGGACUGGUUAUUAUUCAACCGGUCACCCCUUGUCGCCGGUCAGUUAAU